AGAAAGGCUCGGAUUGAGUUUUGGGUCGUUGCGGGUGGUUUCAAUUUGAAGCACAUCCCUGCGUGCGUUUUCAUCGUCAUUUCCUCUUUUUCUCUACCCUUUGCGAUCUCUCUGUCUCUCUGUAAGUACCUGUAUAAAUAUGAGACAACACAGAAAGGACAGUAAGAAUCCUCCAAAGGAGUCUUCUAAUCCUCAAUCAUCAGAAAAAGACAAUAGCAAUAAGGAUACAAAUCCUGCUGAAGGAUCUAGUAAACCAGAGCAGAGUAACAAGAAUACUCCACAAUCAUUGAAGGCCAAAUCUAAAAUUGUUAAGAAAUCCAAGGGUGGCAAGUUCAAGACCACAAUAAAUAAAGGUUCUCAACCGAUUGGGGGAAAGAGAAGACUUCGAAAGAACAAAAAAGUGGUGGGCAAUAGAGAUGAACUGCCUAAAGAGAAGAGUGAGAAGGAUGGAAGGAAUAAAGAGAAGGAAAGUCAAAAUAGGAGUGCUAAUGACAAAAGUCCUAUUGAGAAAAAGAGAGAAAAACUUGGUGGUUUCAUCUUUAUGUGCAGUGCAAAGACAAAACCUGACUGUUUCCGCUAUCAGGUCAUGGGUGUUUCAGCUGCUAAAAAAGACAUUGUUUCAAGUAUCAAGCCCGGGACUAAGCUUUUUCUUUAUGAUUUUGAUCUGAGGCUGUUGUACGGAAUUUACAAAGCCUCUUCUUCUGGUGGUAUGAAACUUGAACCCCGAGCUUUCGGUGGUAACUUUCCUGCACAGGUGCGGUUCAAUGUUUCUUCUGAUUGUUUCCCGCUACCAGAAAGCAUUUUCAAAAAGGCAAUCAAGGACAAUUACAAUGAGAAGAACAAGUUCAAAACAGAACUUACUGCUCGACAAGUUAGGAAGCUCACUGAACUUUUCCGACCAGUUGACGUUCGUUCAGGUUUGCCACCUGUUCGCACUCCUCCAAAAGCAAUAAUUCAUGAUAGGGAUGCUCUUGAUGGUGGUAGGGGAUCGUGGUCCCAUUUGCACAGGGAAAGAGAUCCCCAAAUCGAACGGCGAGAGGAAAUUCCUCAUGAUUUAUUUCUUACUGAGAAGAGCUACCGAGCUUAUGGUCUCCAAGGAGAUAGAAGGAAUGUGAUUCCAGCCUCUCAGGUUAAUCCUAUGUUGGAUCCUUAUGAGAGGGAUUAUGAAAGACAGCACCUUCAUCCUGUGGACCCUGUCUACCGUAAUAAUGUCCCUGCACACACAGAAAGUCUUCAUGCUGGUCCUCGUCAUCUGAAUGAGAGCGAACACCAGGCCUAUUUGCAUGGUGGAGUUUCUGAACAUGCAGACGAUCCUUAUCACCGGUAUCGCUAUGGUGCUUCACCAAGGGAUCCAUAUUUUCCAUCUAGGAGUAGAGAGGAAAUCUCUUCAAGGUCUUAUUUGGCUGGGGGAAGAACUUUGAUUGGAAGUGAUUCCUUGCAAAGGAGAGAGGCUGUUCAGGAUAGGCUUUACUCAACAUAUUCUGCGGCUGAUGCUUUGUCUGAAUACAAUCGGAUGCAACACUACCAAGAGAGCUUGGAAGCAACAGCUGUACCAGUUUCAUCCCGUUACUCUUUUGCUGGUCCUUCAUAUUCACUUCGCUAAAUCAAACAAGCACUUUUGAAAACCCUCUUGUCAUGUCUUCCUUAAGAUUAUCUUCUAUUGUGGACAUUAAAGAACUGUAUGAAUCCAACUUGAGUUUUUUCUUAGGCCUCACUCUGAACUGGGAAAACAUUUGUUCAUUGUGUCUGAGAUUAGAUGUGCAAAAUACCAUUGAUAAUGACAAUUGACCUUGCAGACACUAGUAGCUUUGCAACUUUCAAAAUUUGUGGUUUAUAGUUAAUUGGCUUGUGCUGUUUUAACAGAUAAGAACAUAAACCAGCAACGUUUCAAUCGA